UUUAUUGUGGAGAACGGUGGGAAGUACAACGCUAGAACAGGCCUCGACCACACAAGUUAUUACUUCUGUAUAAAGCCGAACGAAUUAAAGGGAGCUCUCGACCGCUUUGCGCAGUUCUUUCUGGCUCCAAAAUUCACCAAAAAUGCAACUGAAAGAGAGGUACGAGCUGUUGACUCAGAACACUCCCAAAAUCUCAAAAACGACAGUAAGCGAAUUCUACAAGUGAUAAAAUAUCUUUCAAAGCCAGGACACGAUUACGGAAAAUUUCUCACAGGCAAUAAGGUUGGUCGAAAGUUCAAAUAA